AUGGCUUGUAUGCGGCACCAAGUCGGUGGCAUCCUCGCCACCGAUGCGAUUGGGAUGCACCAACGCCGAUACGCGAGUCGCGCGGCAUCUCGCCCCCGAGUCACCACGCCGGGAGCGGCUGCGAUCGCCGCGCGUCGGGUCCUCUCCACACCCGCCAAGCGUCGUGUGGCGGUGGUUGUCGAGGCCAAGCCAGAUACCGUGGAGGCGGCGCGCGCGAGGCUCGACGCCAUCCGCGAGGAGGACGAGUUACCCGUGGAGGAUCCCGGCGAGCGCGGCGGCUUCGACAUGUUCUCUGGCGGCACCUACCUUCCCGAGGUGCUCGCCAUCUGGGAGUCCUCCAACGCUUUCUUCUUCCCUCGGGUCAUCCUCGUCGGCUGCACCGCGCUCGGCCUGGCGGGUAGCCUGCCCCAGUCCAUCGGCGGGCUCUUCCGCGGCGACGAGGACGGUGUCGUGGUGCUCCUCCAAAACCUACUCUUCUUCGCCAUCUCCGCGGGGUUCACCGCGGUGGACGUGAAGCAGAGGAGGCAGGCCCUGGACCGCCUGCAGCGCGAGCUGGCGCUGGGAGGCAUGCAGGUGAUCCAGCGCGACAAGUUCAGGAACGAGCGGGUGUUCCCGCUGGAGAGCCUCAGACAGGCGGCCAGGGUGGCGGUGGUGUACGGCGACGCCGACAAGGUGGCGAGGGACCUCGCCGCGGCCACGCCGUUUCGCAGGAGGCUCGAGCAGAGCAGGAUCUUGGUGGUCCCGGUGGUGGAGCGGAGAGCGGCUCGCGACGGCGAGGAGCGCAGCGCGGUCGCGGACGUGGGCCCCGGCCGUUGGGAGCUUCUCAAGGAUGUCGUGCUCGCGUGGCCCGGGGCUGGUGCGGGCCGAUGGCUGGCGUGGCCGACCCGUAACGACGCCUGGGCCGGGUACUUCCGGAGGCUCCUCGCGAACGCUGGAGCCGACGCGACACAAGGCGGAUACGUCACGUUGGGGGUGACCGGGCAGGUGAGGGGAUCCGGCGUCGGUAGCCCCACGUGGGACGUGCUCCUGUCGACGUUUCCGCGCAACAGGCCGGGGAACAAGGCGGACGCGGAGGCGGAGAAGGCGUGGAAAAACGCCACCGUCGACUCCACCGUCGGCGACCUCGGCGCGGUGACGGGUGACGACGCCGGCAGGCUGAAGGACAUACGGGGCGAGGGCGCGGCUCGACCCAUCGGAACCACCCUCGAGCUACCUACGGAAGGUCCCGCCGGGGAGGUUCUGAGGGUUCACAACGCGUUUUACGACGCGCUGGGCCGCGGCGACGAGGCUCGCAUGGCGGAGGUUUGGCGCCCCGCGGUUCGGGUCAAGGGUGAGGGGGAGGAAAACGCCAUCGACCGCUUCGUGUCGCGCGGCGCGGUGCUCGACGGUUGGGGGACGGUGCUCCGGCCCGACCGGCGGCCGGAGGGUCUCAAGCUCUCCGACGUGGACGUGACGGUGGAGAGGGAUCAGGCGACGGUGACGGUACUUGAGACGGUUGCCAACGGAGCGACGCUGCUCGCCACGCAGAGCUUCGAGAAGGUGGAUGGCGACUGGGUGCUCAAGAGCCACUACACCAUCCCUUACGGCAAGGAUACCGUCGCGAAGAUCGCGCUGAGAUGCGACGAGAGGGGGUGCGUGGCGGUGCCGUCCAAGGCCGUGGCAUCCCAGUGA